UUUGACACGAAACCUGGUGGUAAGAUCACAGAACAAGGCUGCAAUUUAUCCUGUGACGAUAUGUCUCAAACUGUGUGCGGCGGAAAGGACCAUAUAUCACUUUACAAAACAAGCACUAAGGAUUUUCAACAGCCAGUUAUAUUCCGGAGGAAAAGCAAGACUUGGAACGACGCUGCUAAAUUGUGCUUUAAGCAGUACAGUUAUCCGACACCGGUGGAAAGCAUAAAUCAUGUGACUGACACUAACUUUUUCUCUUGGACCGGGGUCGUGCGCAGUGGUGUUAUUUCCAAAAAUACUGAUUUGGCAAGCAUGUCGUCUGACAUCAUGCAUGGAUAUAUGACAUAUGACGAUUCUUCCGGAUAUACUCUGAAGUUCACACGUCAAGCAAAUGAUAGAAAAUAUAUACUUUGUGAAAACGCAAACGUCACGGUAAAACCAAAUAUACCAAUGAGAACAUCAGUAACAACAACACAAGAAUAUCAGUUGACAACCAGCCGCAAUGGCAGCAGUAGCAAUGUUACAGAUACCCAAACAGAUGUUACGGAAGCAUCAAAUCCAACAAUAACUGUAUCCUAUGCGACGGCAACGCAAGUAAAUGGAUCAACAAUGAGUCUCAACGACAACAGUUAUAACGGGAAAAAUACGCAAGGUUCAGAUGCCACUGUUAUUGUGAUUGUCUCGGUCUCUGUUGUGAUGCUUAUUGUUAUUGUGGUUGUCAUUUUGAUUCAAGUAAAACGGAAGAAAAUCCCUUUUCUUUGUCAAAGAGAACUAACAAAUGAAGAACCUGGACAGAAGCACUUAAAAAGUACAAAAAAUCCAACCUCUCAUGAAAAUCAUUCUUAUGAACUCGUUGAUGUUGAAGAUAAUGUCAUUGGUGGCCAGUCCGCUGAUAGUAAUUAUACUCACACUUACAACGUGCUGGAGGAACACGUAAAGGAUUCUAUCACUGAUGAUACAACAUACGACGUGUCUGGUAAUAACAGAAAAGCUACUGAAACGGAGAACGAGAAUAUUUAUAAUAAAUUAAAACCAGACGACAAUGCCACAUAUGAUCAUGUAUACAAUACAACAAAACAUAGCUUACAAACACCUGAUAUCACUUAUGGCACGUCGGGGAAUGCAGGUAUGAAACCGCUGGCAAGAGCUGCUAAAAACUCUGAUGCAUUUGAUGAAAAUGGUGAGAAUGCUUACAGUCAUACACUAAAUAAUAGACCUCAUAUGACUACAACGGAUAAUGUGUAUAGCGCACAUGGUCAAGCUGGAAAUGACACUAGAGAUACUGGUGAAGGUCAUAACGACAAAGAAGACGCUUACAGUCAUAUAAACAAUGCAACAAACGGUAGAAGCAAGCAGGACAUUGCUUAUGGCAAAAUUACUGAAGGUUGUCCUUGCUACGAAACAGAUGAUGAGUCCAACUGGGCUGAGGCCACGCAGAAAUGUGCGCUGGCCACCCCGGAUGUAACGUUAGGUUCUGAGGGUUACCGGGCAGAUAUUCAAGAUGAAGACUGGCACGGACAAGUGUGGACUGGUUAUUAUAUGACCAUUCAAGGAUUUGAAUAUAUUGGGUGUGUGAAAAUUGCUGAAAGGAAAGCGAACUUUGUGAGUCAUCUUAAUGCCCCAGGUAUUUGUCAUUCUGCAUGCGGCAAAUCAAAUAUAAUUGGAAUGCACGGUGAAGAGUGCUUUUGCUUAAACAAUGAGUCAUUCAACAAUAAUACACUACCGUACUGUGACAAGAUGUGUGAUGCUCAGAAGGGUAUUGUUUGCGGCGGACAUCAGCAUAUCUCUUUAUAUAAAGUAAGCAAUGUAACUGGUGUUAAAAGUGGUGAUCAUAUUGAAAGAAGCUGUCUUGGUCUUGAAUUCCAGCAUGUUUCUAAAAUAUUUAGAUGGAAGCAGUGUAGUAGUUACUUGCGCCCACUCUGUACAUAUGUUGAUUCGAAGACACACACUGGUGACAGACAUUAUCCAUGGAACACUGCGUCAAAUGAAUGUUUCAAGCAACAAACAAUACCUACAUCAUACCAAAGUGCUUUGGAAUUUAAGACUAUACUGACUGGAAUAUACUGGACAGGGACAAUAAGAAGUCAGACUAUUCAUAAAUAUGAUGGAAAACAUGAAGAAGGCGACCAUAUUCGCUAUGGAUAUCUGGAUAGAAAUGAUUUCAACGUGACUGUUGUUUUAUUUUCUGAUAGCAACAAAAAGAUGAAAAGCUUAUGCAAAAAGGAUUCUACAGAAGAACCAAGCACGGGAAAACAGAAAAUCUCUGUUCCUACGUAUGUCAUUAUAAUAGUUGUAGCAGUAGUGCUGGCUAUUGCUGUUGUGGUUGUCUUCUGCUUAUUGAAGAAGAGAAAGCUGGAACAUAUCCGACGUCAAGUGCCUGUUAGAUAUGCAAGCGAACAAAAUGAGUAUGUUACACCGAUAUUUAAGGAAGAUGAUGACAGAAUUUAUUCAGAAAUACCUGACAAUCGUGAAACAGAUACAACGGAAGACGGAUAUGAAGUACCUCUUCAAAAACCUAUUCAUGAUGAAAAGAUUGGCUGAAUAAACGUAACUGGUCUCCACCAGAACUGCAGUGCCAUAUCAGAUUUAGUAUGCGGACUUCUCUCCACUUUGAAAAACACUUUAUUGCAUUUCGCUCCAAAAAGGCAAACAGUUUUAACCUAAUGUUAAUCAUAUCUGCUAGAAAUUCUUAAGUCUUUGAAGCAAGUGAUAUUUUUUUUUUAAUUUGACUGUUAAUGGGACAAUUUGCGUGAAUUUUAACUUUUCAUUUCAAAUUUUGUUUUAAUUUUUAGUCUUUUUUUGAAUUUCUGCAUUUUAAAUUGCUUGACAUUAGCUGUAACUUUUGAUUAGCUAUUCCCUCCCCUUUAAUUAAUCCAGCUGGCUAAUAUACGAGUACAUUCGAUUCAGUCAUGCUUUAAAUCAGAAUAUUUCCGUUUUAGCUUAGAUGGAAAAUAAUGGUAAAAUGGCGAGAUCUUAUUACAAACGUUAAAAUAAAUUGCAAGAGGGCACAACCUAGUCGUGUAACCAUUAUUUCGAUUGUAAGAAAUACAUUUGACAAACAAUAUUGACAGGCUUGACGGAGGUACAAUUCAAACAACAUCUCAGGUUUGAAUCAUGAAAAGUCAAUCUGAUUCAACAUUGUCCGUCACAGUGCUCUGCUCAUAAUUCUAAUUUGUAUGUAAUGCGUUUUGAAUUUUCUGGAGUACAAUUGCCAAUUGUACAUCAAAGCCAUAGCAGUUACUAGCAUAAACUUUUCACAGCAUGUAUAUCUGAACUUUGCAUUCUCAUUAAAGAAAUUGAACAGGUAUUCAAAGUUUGAAAUGCAUCGGACAUAUAUUCUAUCAAAAAGUGCAAUAUUCAGCUUCAUCAGCUUGAUAAUUGAGAUUAACUUGCAGAUUCUUUUUAUGCUUUUCUACGGUGCCCCUAAAGUGACAUGUUACACACUUCUUUCCAAUUAGGUAAUG